AUGACAUCAAUCUCCAAAGCCCUGCAGGGCCUCAAAAGGUUCACCACUUGCGACAUUGGCGACGCGCUUGUGAAGCUUAAGCAUCCAAACGGGGGCUUCCUCGAUGGCUUGAAGAUGUAUUCACCGGGCGGGGGAACGAAUGCGAACAAAGAGGGCCACAUUAUGUACAUUCAACAACCCAAAGGCUUACCUUCCGCAUGCUGGGGUGGUCUGAUGUCGACUCGAGCCCAGAAGCUUGGUAGUCUGGGUGUCAUAGUUGACGGUCGUAUGAGGGAUGCGCAGGAGCAUCGUGAUAUGGGAUUCCCUGUCUUUGCUCGGGGUACUGCCGUUCUUGGAUCCAACACUUUUAGCCGUGCAUCGGAGAUCGAUGUACCGCUGCAGUUCAAGGGCGAUCUUUGGGUCUAUCCGAAGGAUAUCUUGGUGGGUGAUGAGAAUGGCGUUGUUGUUGUUCCGCCUUCACUGCUCGAGCAGGCCGUGGAGCUGUGCCAGGAGCGGUUCGAGAUCGAUGAAAAGACUAUGGAAGCACUCCGGGCGGGUGAGUCGAUGGGUUCAACCAUUCAGCGGAUGCGUAAGUAG